AUGCUGAUGGACUUCUCCAAGGGCGACAAGUGUCAGAACCUGGUGGGAAAGCCCAAGAUCUUCAUCAUUCAGAAACCAAUCUCCAUUCUAAGCAAAAGUCAAAUGACCACCACGAUCGACUCUUCACAAAUACGUGAGGAACAGCACAUCCUGGAAACAGUCGCCUUCCACGGGAGCAUCCACAGCAUAGAGAGAGAACAAGAAGAAAAUUACAAAAUGAACCACAAGAGGCGAGGAAUCGCUUUGAUCUUCAACCACGAGCAUUUCUACGAUCACCUGCGUUUGACCCAGCGCUCAGGCACCUGCGUAGACCGGGAGAAUCUCCGUCGCAGGCUUCAGAAACUAGGUUUCGAGGUGGAAAGCUAUGACAACCUCAGAGCGAAAGAUAUACUGCUCAAAAUGUAUAAUGCAUCAACUGCCAGCCACACGGAUGCCGACUGCUUUCUCUGUGUUUUCCUGAGCCAUGGUGAAGGCAAUCAUGUUUAUGCCUUCGACGCUAAGGUGGAAAUUUCCACGCUGACAGACUUCUUCAAAGGCAACAAGUGUCCGAGCCUGGUGGGCAAGCCCAAGAUCUUCAUCAUUCAGGCAUGUCGUGGGGACAAGUACGAUGAGCCUGUCCAGCCCAUGGAAGAGGUGGACUCUAUGCGCCUGCUUGAAAUCAAAAACACCCAGGUGGACGCAGCAUCUGUGUACACGCUGCCCGCUGGCGCCGACUUCCUCAUGUGCUAUUCAGUGGCCGAAGGGUAUUUCUCACACCGGGAUACCAAGCACGGCUCGUGGUACAUCCAGGAUCUGUGUGAGGUGCUGGCAAAGUAUGGCACGGACCGGGAGAUCACGGAGCUGCUCACUAUGGUCAACUAUAAGGUGUCCCAGCGCAGUGUACAGGGCAGCAUUGACGAGAAUGCCAUCGGCAUGAAGCAGAUCCCCUGCUUCGCCUCAAUGCUCACCAAGAAACUGCGCUUCCCUUGCAAGCCCCAGUGA